AUAUUUUUUUUAGAUGAUUUGUCUAAUUCACAUAUUAAUGAUAAACUGUUCUUGUCUCAUACAAUUAACAAUUUCUAAGUGAACAUAUUGAUAAGGUGAUAAUAUUCAUAGGAAAAUGUAACCACACUAAGCAAUGACAUUCUGUACUUUAACAUCCAUCCACCUCUGAUCCAUAAUUUUCGUAAUUUCUUUACAUGAAAUGAUAACAAAAUUGCCAGUUGAACUCCAUUGACAGGCCUGAGUAUUGUACAAAGUCGAGAUCGGGGGCGAAUAUUGAUUAAGGGCUGAGUUGCGCGUGUGUGCGCGCACCCCUCACACCGACAGGGCGGUGCGCGCCAAUGUGCGUGCCAUCCGUCUCUGUGCGGACAGACCGACGAAACGGUCUCACCAUUAUUACAAAUGUUCUAUUCUGCGUCUAAUAUAAAAUCAAUUCCGUUCGACGCGUUCUAAAUAUAGUAAAAUCGUAAUCAGUAUCUCCACGAAGUUUCCACAUCUCAUGCCGGCCGCGAUGGCACCGCAAAAAUCAAUAAACCUUCGCCGCUCGCGUAUUGCAACUGAGCGACUUGAGUCAAUGUGACUCGAAUGCAUACGCCGCGACCGUGCAUAGUGAACGCCUAGUGUAUUUGCAUUUCAGUGAUACCGAAAGGUCGAGAUCCCGAUGUUUAAUCACAAGUUACCGACUGACUUUCCAAUGCAAACCCUCCGUAAGAAAACCAGCCCUUGCAAAUUUUUUUAUGCUCCUCUCGCAGACAAGAACGAGCCGGGUCGAUUUCUCGGGGAAGGGGUGUCUUUUCGCGCCAAAUUAAUAGGCGUUCUUGAAGUACCAGAGGCGCGCGGUGACAGAAUGUGUCAGGAAGCAUUGGCAGAUCUCAAGAUGGCGAUCCGCGCGGCGGGCGAGCAUAAGCAGAGGAUACAAGUGCACGUUGCUAUCGAUGGAUUGAGAUUACGGGAUGAUAAGACUGGCGAUUCUCUUUACCAUCAUCCCGUUCACAAAAUAUCAUUUAUCGCGCAAGACAUGACGGAUUCCCGCGCUUUUGGAUACAUAUUCGGCUCUCCGGACACGGGACAUCGAUUCUUCGGAAUAAAGACUGAUAAAGCUGCUAGUCAGGUAGUUAUAGCAAUGAGGGACCUAUUUCAAGUAGUUUUCGAAUUAAAGAAGAAAGAAAUAGAAAUGGCAAAGCAACAAUUGGAGGGCAAGACUGUGUCGAGUAGCCUGGUGCGGCACCCCGCCGCGAGCACCGCUGAGAGUAAAUCAAAUAAGAGUGUGACAGCCGGCGAAAGUGUGACAGUGAAGCAAUCAGAAGGCGCUGAGGGAGGAGUGGCCGAACUUGUGGAUUUAGAACAAGAGUUGUGCUCGCUGAGAAGAGGACUUACACAGGUCGAGGGACUCACUCCCUCCACUGAUCCGUUCGGUGACUCCUUUACAGCUCCUCCCCCGCAGAAGGGACUCCUCCCCCCACCGCCUGGUGCGGGGCGGGGGCGGAGCACCCCGGGACGAAGCUCCGCAAGCCCCAGCAAGCCCCCGUUGCCAUUCGACUUGACCUCCGUGGCAGCGGACUUCGAACCCAAACCAGCAUUGGUCGAUAACCCCACCGAACAACCGGUGAUCUCGCAGGCCGCAGCCAACUCAACGGCAUACGACGUAUUCACCGAACUAGACCCGCUCGGCACCGGCCGGAGUAAACCUUACGUUGACAAAAAACUCUUCUUUCAGGAGCUCAAAAAUCCACCAAAGAAAGUACUCAAAGACCUCGUCCCGACGACGCAUUCGCUCCUAACCGACAUAAUGCCGGUGGCGAGUGACGGUAGGGCGGACGGGUACGGUCCCACCACGACCAUGACGUCCCUGUCCCGGCACUCGGGGGGCACGGUGUCCGUGGCGAAGGGCAAUCAGACCUCCGGGGGCCUUUUCGCGUCCGAUCCGUUCGCCGAGACCGAUCCGUUCGAUAACGCGGACCCGUUCUCGGACACGUUCAAGGACGAUCCGUUCACGAGUAUGCAAGAGUUCCCCAAGACGAGUUUUUUGCGGGCGGAUGAUUUCAAGAGCAAAUUGAGCAAAGAUGUGCAAGAUAGGCCGGAGCCCGGGUUGGAGAACGGCAAGAAUGUGUUCAACGGGCCGCUGCAAGUCACCCUGCCGCCGGAGCCGGUGCCCAAAUCGCCCAGACUUCAGAGACAGAUGACGGAUACCAGCACGAUCCGUCAACGCCCACAGCCUAGCUCCAAGCUGCUGGACAACGCGUCCCCCCCACCCCCGCUGCCCCCCAAGAAGGUCACCGAGCUGGGUCUGCCCCCACCACGCCCGCCGCACGAGCCGGACGGGGAGGAUGCGGACACUGGACCCCCCCUACCGAAACCUGUUAGAAAAAAGGAACCCGUUGCGGACCGCAGUAUGAAACCACGGAUGUCAUCCAUUACCACCAGCAGUGAGGACGAGUACCUCGCCCCCGCGCCGCCCCCCCUCCCCGCCGCUAAGCGAUUCGAUAUCACGCUUAGCCAGUUACUAACGCUUACUAUGGACGAACUGGCCGCCAGAUUGCGGGUUCCAGCUGCUACUUUGUCAUCUAUGACGCUGCCUCAGCUUACCGAGUACCUGAGAUCGUACCUAGCAGCUGAUGUGGAACGAUCGCAUAUACACGUUGAACCUCCACAACAAAAAGACAAAGAGAAGCCACCAACGAUUCUUCCAACUACAUCUAUAUCGGAAAAACCAAGCCCACUUCCAUCACUCGUCACAGAGUUUAAAACGCAAUUCGAAGAUAAUUUCGCACCAAGCGACACCGCUGAAACGUUCGUUGCUAACUUUGAUGACUUUGAUAAGAAAGCGAACCCCAGCUACGACAGAUAUGCGGCGUUCCGAGAAAUACAAGAACAAGAAUUAAAAGCCAAGUCCAUUUUGGACCCAAUUGAUCCUGGACCGAAGGAAGAUGAUCAAGAAUUGACUCAUAUACAAGAAUUAUUGAAGACUGAAGAGAAGAAAGAAGACAAAGAAUUGGACAAGAGUCCUUUGAAGACUUUAGACGAGUUGACCCUGGAUUCAUUCAAUAUGUUCAGGAAUUCAGUUAGUCCGAAGCCGGUGGAAGCUAAAAUAGAAGACAUAAAGACGGUAAUGAAGAAUUUGCAACUGGAGAAAAUUAGGAGAAGUGUGUCACCGCGUGACAAUGGAACGGAUAGGCAAGACGAGACGGACAAAUACGCGGCGUUACGUGAAAUUAAAAUUACCGAGCCCCAGGAUGAGUUCGAGUCCAUACCACCAGAGGUGCCGAAGGAGAGAAAGAAGUCAGACGAAAAAUCGGACGGUUUCGACAAUUCGGACUUUUUCGAUUGCAUCGAUAACAGUUCGUUGUCGUUCACGCACGUGGAGGAUGCGUUUAGAAAGAGUCCAGCGGUGAAAGAGAGAGAGGAAGAAAAGAAAAUUGAGAUAAAGAAGGAGACUCCAAUAGAAGUGAUGCAAGUUAAUUUACAGCCACCGGAGAGGUUGUCUGCUGGGUCUAUCAGUGAUGUCGCUAGCGGUUCAUCGCCGGACACUAAAGAGCGGUGCGCGGGCGCGGCGGGCGCGGGCGGCGGCGGGCUGCGGCGGCUCGCGUGGACCGAGGGCUGGUCCUCGGACUCGCGGGACUCGGAGCCGCGCUCCAGGCGCCGCCGCGCGCACCGUGGGCACACCGUGCAAACGUCAUCGUCGUCCCGCGACGCGUCGCCGUGGGAGGAGGAGCGGACAGUACCAAGGCAUGCAAUACGACGUGAUAGAGAGUCACGCCACAACUCAUCAGGCUCUAGAGAGUGUCUGGACUCAGGUAGCGGCAGAGAGAAAGAGAAAGUAAGAGAUAAACGCGACAGAGAGCUUAGCAGAGACCGCAGAGACUCCGGCAGCGGGAGGGACAGGCGUGACGUCAGCAGAGAGAGAAGAGAUAGGAGAAGUCGGGAGAGAGACGAGUGGGAAAGAGACAGGACAUACAGGGAGAGAGAGUACAGAGACUCGAGAAGUAGAGAGAGAUCGAAGGAUUAUAGGGAGAUGGAUAGGCAUAGAAAGGCGAGGCUGUCGUACGAUGAUGAAGAUUACAGUGACGGGUGUGGUUCGGGCAGGUCCUCUCCGCGGGAACGCUGGCCCGAACAACGCUGGAGGCGAGAUGAAAGAAAUUACGGGUCGCUGGGUUGGCGGGAGACGAGACGGCGGAAUGAGUUGAGACAAACUGAAGAUCCCUCAGAACGGAGAUAUGGAUCGACACUAGGCUGGCCGGGCCGGCGCUCAGCGAGCCGGCGCGGCUCAGACCGCGACCUGCGCGACUCGGGCCGCGACUCGCGCGAGCCUCGCGACUCGGGGCGGGACUCGCGCGAGCACCGGGACUCGGGCCGGGACUCGGGGCGCGACUCGCGCGACCCGCGGGACUCAGGACGCGAGUCCGGCCGCGACUCGCGCGACCCGCACUCCGGCCGGGAUUCCGGGCGGGACACGCGGGACCCUAGGCGCCGGCGGAGGGAGGACACGCGUGUCCGACCGAGGGACUACAGGUUUUCAAAUGAUUUCUCGCCGCGGGAGAAGGAGCAUUCGCCGUUUGAUGAUUUCCAAGAGUCGCCCGCGGCUGUUGUUAAGAAACGCGCGCCGUACUCCAGUUUGGAAGGCACGAGAUUCGCAUUCGAAGAAGACACAACAGCAUCCCCCAUAUCGGCGAGUUCAGCGCGCGCACGCGACGGCGACUCGCCUGCGACUCGAUUCCGAUUCGACUCCGACUCGAUGUCCCCGCGAUCCAUGUUCGAAGACGACUUCACCGCGCCACCCGCACAUCCAACACAUCCAACGCAUCCAACACACCCAACACACCCGCCCCGCCCCAGAACCGCGUCCAUAGCUGAAGAAGAAGAAGGUGACAUCCCACCGCUAAGAGCCAAGCCGCAAACGCACCGCGAUAUAAAGAAGUCAGAUUCUGUGAACAUUUUCACGCGCGAAUCGGACCCGUUCGAGGGCGACUCGUUCUUUGCGUGCACGGGGACGGACAGGGUUGCCAAGAGAGAGAACUGGCCCGGGGACUUUGUUGCCUUCGAAGAUAUAUGAAAGAGUGAUGUGUUGAUGCGUUUGCGCUUACUAUUUGCGGCUUUUUGUUUGUUAUUGGACAGUGUUUUGAGUGUACUAACUGGUUUGGGGGUGUUGUGCUGAGUUUAUAACGUUAUUGAGACAGGCUGUGACUCGAAACGCUCGGAAUGUCGAAUCUCGUUAAAUAAAUCAUAAGUAUAUCCUCAAUAUAAUAAGUUUGAAAAUUUUCUCGCGUAUGAAAUACAAAAUAAUAAAAUAAAGUAUGCUUAAUGUGACUACUUGAUAUCGUUAAAAGCAUAACGUCACUUGAAUCAAUAUAUUUGAAACCAUCGCGAAUUAAUGUAUUAUUUACUGUGGUAUUUAAUUAAUAAUUUCAAUUAUUUUUAUAAUUUAAACUCAAUUCCAUAAACUUUAAAUUACACUAUAUAACCAAACAUUUUCGGGUGUCUAUUACCGACUGUCCAUCGAAAUAUUUUACUAGAAUUAAAAAGUUUGCUGUUUAUUCACAUGUUGAUUAUUUUAUGUACAGACUUUGCUACAUAUUUUACUAUUUUGGCAGCUUGAAUGAAUUAAGUAAAGUAUAUUGAACUAUUUAAAAGUAAAUAAAUAAUUUUCUUGUGUUUC